AGCCAGAGCGCUGCGGGCUCACAAAGCAGCCGGACGCACGGCGGCGGGGGAGGGGGGCAGGUGCUCCCGGGACCAGCCGGCGACCAGCCUUCUCCGCGAUCGCUCCACAGGAGCCCUAACAACUCGGGCGCCGGACUCGGGUGGGCCCCCAAGAUGCCGGCGAUCGCGGUGCUCGCGGCGGCCACCGUGGCGUGGUGCUUCCUCCAAGUAGAGAGCCGGCACCUGGACGCACUCGCCCACGGUGCGGCCCCCGACAACGGUAAUUUUCUAGACAAUGACCAGUGGCUGAGCACCGUCUCCCAGUAUGACCGGGACAAGUACUGGAACCGCUUUCGAGAUGAAGUUGAGGAUGAUUAUUUCAGAAACUGGAAUCCCAACAAACCCUUUGACCAAGCUCUGGACCCAUCCAAGGACCCUUGCCUGAAGGUGAAAUGCAGCCCUCACAAAGUGUGUGUGACCCAGGACUACCAGACAGCCCUGUGUGUCAGUCGCAAGCACCUGCUGCCCAGGCAGAAGAAGGGGAAUGUGGCCCACAAACACUGGGCUGGACCUUCAAAUUUGGUUAAGUGCAAGCCCUGCCCCGUGGCACAGUCGGCGAUGGUCUGCGGAUCCGAUGGCCACAUGUACACAUCCAAGUGCAAGUUGGAAUUCCAUGCUUGUUCUACAGGCAAAAGCCUAAGCUCCCUUUGCGAUGGGCCCUGUCCAUGUCUACCGGAACCUGAGCCACCGAAACCCAAGGCAGAAAAGAAUGCCUGCACAGACAAGGAGCUCAGGAACCUGGCUUCCCGGCUGAAAGACUGGUUUGGGGCUCUUCAUGAGGAUGCCAACAGAGUCAUCAAGCCCACCAGCUCUGCUACAGCUCAAGGCAGGUUUGACACCAGCAUCCUUCCCAUCUGCAAGGAUUCUCUUGGCUGGAUGUUCAACAAGUUGGACAUGAACUAUGACCUCCUGCUAGACCACUCGGAGAUUAAUGCCAUCUACCUAGACAAGUAUGAGCCCUGCAUCAAGCCUCUCUUCAACUCCUGUGACUCCUUCAAGGAUGGAAAACUCUCCAACAAUGAGUGGUGCUACUGCUUUCAGAAGCCAGGAGGUCUCCCUUGCCAGAAUGAAAUGAACAAAAUUCAGAAGCUGAGCAAGGGGAAAAGCCUGUUGGGGGCAUUCAUACCUCGGUGUAACGAUGAAGGCUAUUACAAAGCCACACAGUGUCAUGGCAGCACGGGGCAGUGCUGGUGUGUGGAUAAAUAUGGGAACGAGCUGGCUGGCUCCCGGAAACAGGGUGCUGUAAGCUGUGAAGAGGAGCAGGAGACUUCCGGGGAUUUUGGCAGCGGUGGCUCUGUGGUUCUGCUGGAUGACUUAGAAGAUGAACAGGAGCUGGGGCCAAAGGACAAAGAGGGGAGGCUCAGAGUGCAUACCCGGGCCGUGACGGAAGAUGAUGAGGAUGAGGAUGACGACAAAGAAGACGAGGUUGGGUACAUAUGGUAGUGCCCGUGAGGAAGAGGACAUGCUUGUGGCGCAAAAUUGCAAGUCACUUCCUAUUCCUGCAUUUGUAUCUAAGACUCCAAGGCACCGAGGUCUCUCUUCUCCACUGUUGCUCUCUCUACCUGGCCUAAGGUCUGGAAGAUGUCUGCUUGUUCCCAGAGCAUUCUGAUUUUGCAUACAGUUGUGUGGGAGAAUGGAUGGUUUUUCUUGUUUUUGUUUUCAUUGGAUGCGAGAAUGGCUGAUUAGUUAGCACCUCCCUCCCUCCUGUGAGGUUUUUGCAACAAGCAUGUGAUUUAUGUGGAAUCCAACAGUGUGGGGAGCCCCCCACCCUUCCAAAAGUCAAAGACCCUCUCUGAUUACCCACAUCGGUGGCUACUACAGCAUGGUUCCCAGCCUCAUGGUGUCUCAGUGCUUUUCUUGUGUCCUGUAGAUGUUGUGGAGCACACACCACACUGUACUUUCUCCUCCUGCUCCCACCACCUCUGGUGUUUCCUAUUAAACAUUAAUUUUCCAUGUCACUAUCUGGCGUGCUACAAAUGACAGCCUUAAUUCAGUCAAAAGUCCCCUUAGGGAAUUCUCUUUCAUAAAAAUUAAGGUCUGGA